UUACAGUCAAACAUUUUCCGAACAUUUCCAUGUGUGGGCAAAAUAAACAAGGCGUCAUCCAUAUAAUCGUGAAUUUUGUGAAAUAACUAGCAAACGACGUUAAUUUGUUGUGAAUUUGUUAGCACAUGCCAAUGCUAUGGACGUACCGCAAAAGUGAAUUGUUUGUUUUGUGUUUGUAAACGCCAAAGUGUACGCCGUUUCGACGUGCAGCAGAAAACCGCUUAACCUCAAGACCAACAACAACAGUGUAGUCUACGAUCAAUUUGAGAAUGAAAGAAGCGCCAAGCAGCAAAAAAAUGCCGCGAAAACCAAGAGCACCGAGUACACCCACCAAAAUGGGGGCCAACGAUGAAAUAUUGAGUUCUUUAUUACGUCUCAAUAACUUCGAUUCGAACAUCAAAGACGAAUCAUUGGACAUCGAUUUGUCUGCCUGUGUCACUAUUAGCGGCGAUUCAGCAGCUAUGCUAGCUAGUACCAACAGUCUAUCGAGUACAGAUUUUUGGCGAGUUCUAGACGAUAGUGCACAGAAUUCCCACAUGGAUUUGACGAACGCCAGCUAUGAUGUGCAACAACAACUGAUAAGUGGUAAUAUAAGUGAUGAUGGUCUUGAGGACUGUUCUAUUGAGGACAUUUUACCGAAUAGUUAUGAAAAAAACUUUACACCAAAUGGUGACGCAAAAAUUGUAGGCGGUGUAAUAAUAAAAGAAGAGAAACCCCAACCAAGUUUCAGUGGUACCUUUCUAAGACCCGAAGCACCUCCGCCCACGCCUUCACCACUUAAACGCUUAUUAAAUAAGCCCCAUCAAGGAGAACAACAACAACGACAGACCGAGCGGGGCCCAGCUAAAGAAAAAAUUAAGCGUAAUUUCAAAAAGGAGAGCAGUGCAAUUGGUCAACCCUAUCAGUUGAAUGCAACACAUCUUGAUGAUGCAGCUGUGGAUAAUAUCCACACUCUUGCAAAAAAUAUAAUCGAUAUCAAACGUGCGCCCACCACCAAUCAUGUUGUAGUCAGUAGCAACAAAGCGAUCUCAUCAUCUAGUUUCAAUAUUUUUACAGUACCAGAAACCAAUGCACCAAGUUUUAAUAGUAAUAGUAUUAGUAAUAACAUUGCGACACUAACAUCCCAGGCUGAGGUGGGUGUUGUUAAAGAAUCUGCACCCCAAGAAAGCGGUACCAAUGUACCCGAACCGGUAUUUAAGUGCCUGGACUGCGAUGGUCUUAUACUGCAGGGACGCAGGGAAUAUGCUACACACGAGGCUGUCGGACAUCGGAUGCACUAUCGAUGCUCGAUGUGUGACCGUGACUUCGAACAGGAAGCGGGUUUGAAGAAGCAUAUAAAAACGCAUCGCUCAACGGAUCCGCGAAAAGACGCUUGGAAAAAAUGCCCCGACUGUGGCAAAUGCCUUAAAAUGGGCAGUAUGUGGAUGCAUCGCAAAAUACAUAGUGAUAACAAAAAAUACGGCUGUGAUAUCUGUGGCCAAAAAUUUGUACAAAAAAUUAAUUUGACUCAUCACUCUCGUAUCCAUACAGCUGAAAAGCCUUACGAAUGUCCGGAAUGUCAAAAGAGGUUUCAAGAACGUUCUCAUCUGCAACGUCACCAAAAAUAUCAUGCCCAGACACGCUCGUACCGUUGUGAGAAGUGCGGCAAAAUGUACAAGACCGAACGUUGUCUCAAAGUACACAAUCUCGUGCAUCUCGAGCAAAGACCAUUUGCGUGUAACGUCUGCGAUAAAUCAUUUAUAAGUAAUUCCAAGCUGAAGCAGCACUCCAAUAUUCAUACGGGGGAACGGCCGUUCAAAUGCAACUAUUGCCCGCGAGACUUCACAAACUUUCCAAACUGGUUGAAACACACGCGUCGUCGGCACAAAGUAGAUCAUAAAACUGGCGAACAUCUGGAAAACAUUCCGUCUUACUGUUCUAAAAAGUCCACGAAAACUACUAAAGCAAAGCCCGCCGAUGCAAAUACCGAGGCUGGGCAACCUGCAGUAACAACAAAACCUGUUCCUAUUGAGAAAAAUAAAGCAACGCCAGUUCAAGAUGCGACAGCAGCUGGUGCGACUCCGAAGUCUCAAGCCUCCAAGCGCAAGAAAAAGUGCCCACAGCAGAUGCCUUUGCCGACACCAGCACAGCCGCCACCAUUAGUAUCGAUUAGAGAUAAUAAUCCUUUACCUUCCCUCGUCGUUUCCGCAAGCGCAACUGUCAAAACUGAAGGGGUACGCACGACGAAUAGCAUGCCGUCGACUCAUUUACCAGUGUCCGAGAACUUGAAACCAAUUCCGGCAAUUACAACAACAAAUAAAAUUGACACAUGCAAAAUGCCGAAACCGAAGCGCGAACGGAAGCAGCCUUUGCCCAAGCAAGUGCAAAAAUCUUAUCCCGCCUCCACGUUGCUGUCGUCCAUCAAACGGGAAAUCACUGAAACUGAAAUUACCUCAAAAUCACAAGCAAACGCAUCCGUAUUAGCGGAUACACGAUGUGCAAUCAGUAAUUUUCCUGAUCUCAGUAUCACUUCAGCCGAGGAGCUCAUUAUGGAGCAGGCACUUGAAAUGGAAGAGUGUGGCAUGUACGUGGCACAGCAUGCCGCUGCUCUGGACACCGAUAAUGCAAUUUCGUCAUCUGAGGCUACAGCAGCGCUGCAUUUCAAAAUAAAAAGUGAAUUCGAUCCAAUGGAUUUGUCAUCGACGCGCAUCAAAGAAGAAGAGUACAUUACAUUGAAGGAUAUCAAUCAGCGACUACUGUGUUCCUCAUUAGAAUCUUCGCCGUACUCGUCGCCAGCAUCCGUCGAACUAACAGCAACGCCGUCUGCUAUGCCAAUGUUGCAGUUAAUGGACAAUAAUAAUGUUGGUAACACGCAGUUAACCACAGCUGUUUCAAAUAGUUUCCAUGUAAAUUCAUUUGCGGUAAACGUGCAACGUCCGAAAACGGUCGCCAAUCUCAAUAACGCGACGGCGAAUCAAUCUGUGCCUGAACUACAGCAUAUGUUGCCGCAAGUCACAACACAAUUUACGGCGCCAAAUUCAAAUUCCUUACCAACGGCAACUCAAGCGAUCAUCAAUCAUUUCUACUUACAUCCAAUGACCGCAAUGAGCAUGCCUCUGCUCGCACAGUCAUCAACAAGCCAAAAAUUACCUUCCGUGGAUACAUUAUUAUUUUCGGCUGGUGCCACAGCAACAAACGUUGGUGCCACGUCUGGUUCGAGUACUGCAAGUGGAGGAAGAUUUUUUCAUAGCAAUAGCUUUGCACAACAAGCGGGCCCGGUGGGGCAACCCAAGCUCUCUUAAAUGACAAAUGAGCUACAUUAUAAACUUGACUAGUCACCUGUCUAUUUGUCAAAGAUGCACAGUUGAGUUUCCAGGACGAUGCGACUUUUAAUAUGUACUUUAAUGCUUUGAUACUAAAUAAAUAGUUUUUCUACAAUUGUCUUACAAUAAUAAAAACAUAUUUUAUUAUCAA